UUGUUUAAGCAAGAAAAACAAUCGACACAUACGGUUGCAAAACUUUAUUUAGCUCGAUCACCGAAACUGCUGUCACGGUCUCUCGCGACAUCGCGUUUUAUCGCGAGGCUUGCACCUGGGGAGCGAGUGAACUGAACUGAACUCCUCUUUAACACAAAUAACAACUCACGGUGCUUGAGCUGCGUGAUUGUGCAUUUUUUGUUUUCAAAUAAAAGAAGAACAGCUCGCGCUCGACGCAGAGAACAGGUCCCGGGCGUUUCAUCUGAAAAAAAUGGCGAUCGAAAACCUGCUUCAAGCCAACUUUGGCUAUGCAAUUUUUACGUAUCUGUACAGUUUUUUCAUGGUGAUGUAUCUCGGGGUCCAAGUUGGAAAAGCACGGAAGAAGUAUGGAGUAAAGUAUCCCACCAUGUACAGUGACAAGGAACAAGUGUUCAACUGUAUCCAGAGAGCCCAUCAGAACACGCUGGAGGUGUAUCCAACGUGGUUGGUGUUCCAGACUAUUGCUGCAUUAGAGUAUCCUAUUGCUGCCUCUGUGUUAGGAGUCAUCUGGGUUACGAGUAGGUUCUCUUAUGCCUGGGGUUACUACACCGGUGAUCCUGCUAAGAGGUUGCGUGGUGUGUAUGGAUACAUCGGGCUGUUUGGAGUCAUUCUGCUUUCCAUCUCUGUCGCGCUCAAACUGCUUGGAGUGCUUUAAGGGAAACACCACUGAGAAAAUACCACAUAAAACCAAUGUAGUCACCAGUGAUUGUUUUUUCACUUUUUUACUCUCUUUAUUAAUUACAUUGCUGCAUCUUUUAGCAUUUACGACAAAUUUCAUCAAAUGUAAUCAACUUUGUAGGCAUUUAUACACUUUCUUUAUGCAGCUUUCCUUACAUUCAAAUUUGGGGCGACCAGAUAAUCAUUGCAUGGUAGUUUGUUCGAACGACCUGGUUACAUUUCUGUUCGAGAACAAUCUUCUUUACAGCAUUUAGGUGCAAAAUUGUAACGGGCAACAUUUCAGAUAAUGUGCUAUUUCGAUUAGGAUGUAUAGUCACCCUAUGUUAUGUCAUUAAAUUCAGACAAAUGAAUAAUAAAAUGUCUGUGUAAAAUUCAA